GCUUUUUUAUGACAUCCAUCUUGAUUUUUCAGGAGAGAGAAAAAAAAAAAACCCUAAUAUUCUUUAGCUUCCAUCACUUUCACAAGGAUCGCAAUAGUCGCUGAUCGUUGUAUCAUCAAUAGCCAUGGCCAAGAGCUCCUUCAAGUCGGAACACCCACUCGAAAGGAGGCAGGCAGAAGCCUCUCGUAUCAGGGAAAAGUAUCCGGAUAGAAUUCCGGUUAUUGUGGAGAAAGCUGAAAGAAGUGACAUCCCUGACAUUGACAAGAAGAAAUAUCUGGUACCUGCUGAUUUGACUGUUGGGCAGUUUGUCUAUGUGGUCCGGAAGAGGAUAAAGCUUGGUGCUGAAAAGGCCAUCUUUAUCUUUGUCAAGAACAUUUUGCCACCUACUGCUGCCAUGAUGUCUGCAAUUUAUGAGGAAAACAAGGAUGAAGAUGGCUUCCUGUACAUGACCUACAGCGGCGAGAACACAUUUGGAUCAAUCUGAAUGCAUUCGAGCUAAUUUAUGUAAAUAAAACUUUCAUGGAAACUUGCUGAAAUAUGUAAAUUCUUGAGUCCUUUUUAUCUUGCUCUUUUGAGACAGUUUGAACCCUUUUAUAAUUUGGAUCUUUGAUCACUUGUGAUUUGAAGUAGUAAAUAUUUUUAUCGUUUGCUUUAGAUGGACUUGAAUGAACUGGAAUUUUUGUGA